AUUGCAUCGUGCCUGCUGAGCAUGGGCGCAGCAGACAUGGUGCUGCACCUGCUUGACUCCGACGACCGCCGCCUGGUGCUGAUGGCGUGCCAGCUCGGCUGGCAGCUGCUCAAGGCAACCCCGCGCGUGUUUGAAGUAAACGACGAGCCCGACGCUGCCGCCGACCGCCAGAGCCCCGGCGGCGUGAGCGGGAACCGCAGCCUCUGUGCGCAGGAGGUGUUCUAUCGCGCGCUUGAGUCUGGUCCAAAGGCGGCCAGGGGCAUGGCAGCGCUGCACCGGCACCUGCAGGGCAUGGUGACGGAUUUGGCGGAGCGCGAGCGUGAGGGCCCGCUGCAGCGGCUGAAGCGAAACCAGGACUCCGAGGACCUGGACAUGGCGAUUGGCACGCGCGUGCUCGGCUUCAUCGAGGCCAUGUGCGACGGCUGCUACCGUGACAUGCAGAACCUGCUGCGGUCUGCGGAGGGCCAGGGCACGGCCGUUGUCUCCGAGGUUGGUCGCCUGGUGCAGGGCAUGGACCACAUCGUUCGCGCCAAGAGCAGCGCGCCCAUUGGAAGCUCGUGCGAGGAGGGCCAGCCAGACGCUGUGCUGCACCUGCACAACGACCUGAGGCGCGAGGUGAGCGACAUCACUUUCACGCAGCAGUUGUUUGCCACUCUGGGUGCCCUCAUCAGCGGACCAAACAUUGAAAAUCAAACGGUCAUUCUGCAGCACAAGGCGACCAAGUCCGUGCUGCUGUUCUUGCAGUACCUCAACGACCCGGACGCCCAGCACGCGCCGCGCCGGUCUGUGCACGCGCCCAUUGGCACCAGUGAAAGACCAGGCAGUGCCAGCAGCUCCAAGAGCUCUAUUCUCCGCAGUGGGAGGCAAAACAUGUUCACGCUCAACGCGCAGUGCGACGAGGCGCUGGAGACGCUGGACUCGUGGUGCGACCACUUUGGCCUCGACCGAGCAGCCCUGUUUGAUGAAGGUGGCAAGAAGCGAAAGCAGCUGCAGUUUGUUGGUAUCAUGCACCAACGGAAAGGAACCAGCGUGAAGUCCAGUCUGGCUGGCGAGAUGGGCAUGCUGAGUCCUGGACAUGCCAGCACGGAAGAGAGUGAUCUUCAGCUCCAAGAGGCUCACAAUGACAGUGACUUGAGCGACAGUGAAGCAAUCACGGGAGAAGAUGGGAAAGACUAUGCUGAUUCGCGGGGUCAGUGCGACAGCGCCUUCAACAGCGUCAUAGAGCAGGGGUCUCGCGGACCUGUGAGUCACCACGACAGCGUCACAGGCAACCUGGGCAAUGCUGUGCUUGGAAACGGCAACCGUCGUGUGCAAGCAAGAAGAAGUGCGCAGGCGUGGGCUCCGUUGACGAGCGAGCACCUGAUGGCCGCACGCGGGGCGCGGCAGCUGGCCCAGGCGCUCGACGUGUUGGACGAGCAGUGCGAGGCGGCUGUGCUGCAGUUUCUCUUGAGCGUGCUUGAAGGGCGGCUGAAGAAGGACUCUGUGCUGGAUGUUUUGUGCUUGCAGUUGUUCCCGGAGAACACGGGCACACAGAGCACCGAUUUCAAGCAGUGUGCCAUGUUUCGGAUGCUGAACGAGCACUACGUGAGCGCAGGCCAGCAGCGCCGCAAGAACAAGAAUGAGCGAAAUCAAGCGUUUGAGGCCGUGUCACUCGUGCCGAGGCAGACCCUUCACGAUGAAGACGUGGCGCUGCUGUACUACAUGAUGAUACGCAUGUUGAGCGAGCUGGCAGAGGCCAACGGGUCCGGUCUGCGCCAGCUGCUGUUGGAGUGGGAGGACAAGGCGGCGCCCUCAAUCCGGCAGCGCGUGGCGCGGGUGGAGCUCGUGCACCAGGAUACGCUUCAACCCGUGUACAUGCAGGUACCGGACAUGGUGCGCCAGACCAAGGACAGUUUGCAGGUGCGGCAGCUGCGAAAUGCCAUGAUCAACGAUAGCGUACUGCUAACGCCCGAACAGCGGCUGCACACCUUCUUUGACGAGGCGCCAUUGCUGAUUGACGUGAUGGAGUUUGAGAGCAAGGCCAGCGGCUACCGGCUGUCUCACAUUGUGUCGCACCAGCGCGUGCUGCUGCUGUGCUGCUUUCUUCUUGCCUUGUUCAUCAACGGCUGGGUUGUGCUGGCCCCGCCGCCCACGCGCCCAGAACACCACGCUAUACCACGCAUCGCCGCCACCGUGCACACCGCGCUGGCCGCGCUCAUCAUUGCCGGGCAGUCGCUGGCGCCGCUGCGCGUGGACAUACAGCGGUGGCACGAGGCGAGCGAGGGCUUGUCGCUGACGAGGAAGAUUCUGUUGUUCCCCGUGCACUGGGCGUUGCACGCAAGCUACACCUACUAUGUGCUAUACCUGAUUCUGAGCGCUGUGGGCAUCUCGCACCUUCAGUUCUUCUGCUUCCAUCUCUUUGAUGUGGUGCUGCGUGUUGAGGUGAUGACGCUUGUGCUGCGAGCGGUACGCGUCAACCUGUCAAAGCUGAUUGGCACGUUUGUCCUAACCUUCUUCAUCAUCUACGCAUUGAUGCUCAUUGGCCGCGAUGCGUUUGGUGGCAAUUACGGGUUUGCCGACUCUGAUGCCGCCUGCACAAGCAACCACAGCAUGAUUGAGUGCCUGAAGGACCACCUGUACUACGGCUUCUACUCGUCGCCCGUGUUUGGGUCGGAGGCGUCCACGUGGGAGUUUGCCUACGCAUUGAUCUACUUCAUGGUGGUGGUGCUGGUGAUGGCUGCGAUUGUUUCCGGUAUCAUCAUCGACUCGUUUGGCGAGUACCGUGCUGAGAUGGAGGCGAUUUCUGCGGAGAAAGAGACGCGGUGCUUCGUGUGCAACUUCAGUCGUGAUCAUAUCCAGGAGUCUGGCGAGGUCGGGUUUGAAGGGCACGUUGCCAACGACCACAACGUGUGGAACUACGUCUGGCUCAUUGUGCGCGUGCUGGAGAAGCGGCGGACGCACCAGCUACUGACGGGCGUGGAGAUUGAGAUUGCGCGCCAUUGGGACACCAUCACCAGCAUCGGGCCCAUGAUGCCCGUGAACAAGGCGCUCUGCUUUGGCGCACGCGAGAUGCAUGUGGAGGACGACGUGCAGCAGUUGGCGUUGUCAUUCCACCAGUUUGCUGCAUCCACGGAGAAGGCGCUUCAGACCAUUCUCGCACAGCUCUCUGAGCUCAAAGAACGUGCGCAUGCCAAGUAGCAAGGGGGGGGCAUUUGCGUGUAUGUAUUCACGUCCGAUGACGCCUGCUUGUUGCUGAGUCGGAUCCAUUUGCCUUGAGGGGUGUGUUUGCUGUGUGUUCUUGCGGAUCUUUGUGUAUUGUCGUGCCUCACAUGGUGUUGAGGCUUGAUGUGACUACGCACGUGUUGGAGAACAGAUUUGCCAGGUUUCUCUAUCUCUGAUUUGGUUAUUGUGAUGCUUGCAUGUGCAGUACACUUCUACUUGCUCGUGCCCGUGGGAGCGUGGGUGCCGUAGUGCCGUGUUGUUGAGUGCUUUCUUGACUUGACCCUGCUGUCGACGUGAACUAGGAUUGAAGCAUGGAAGGAGGAACGCAGACG